AGAAAAUUUUUGAUAACUGGCUGCAAAAAUAACUACCCACGUCCUCACGUUCUCAGUAGUACGUACUGUAGAAUAUAUACCCACCGGUUUUCUGGAUUCUUGUAACACCAACACAAGUACAAUGGCUUCUGCUCCUCACGGUUCGCAUUCCGGUUCUAACUUUUGCUGCUGCUUCAUACCGAUUCUUGUCAUAGUAGUCGGAACUAUUGUUUCUCCUGCCAGGGCCGCGGAGGAGUUCAAAGUCGGUGACAUGGAUGGCUGGCGACAGCCUGAUAUAAACCACACUGAAGUUUACACUCUCUGGGCUGCUUCCAAAAGCUUUCAUGUCGGAGAUUUACUUCGUUUUGAGUACAGGAAUGAUUCUGUGCUGGUCGUGGAUAAAAGGGCAUAUUAUCACUGCAAUGUAACUAGUCCGUCUUCUGAGUUCUCCGACGGUAACACGACUAUAAAUCUUGAUAAUGCUGGACCACUGUACUUCAUUAGCGGCGACCCUGAGCACUGCCAGAAUGGGCAGCGUUUAGCGGUUGAGGUGAUGCCCCUGCCUCCGGAUACUGACAUAUCUCCUUCACCGUCAACUCCUCCUCAGUAUCAGGAACCUGGAGCAGAGGAUUCUCCGACACCGUCUCCAGUUUCAACUUCAAAAGCAGCCACGUACGGGUUUUCUGUUUCUAAGACAUUGCCGUUUUCAGUCCUUGUUUCAACCUCCUUCGCUUUGUUAUGGCUUUCUGCUUAGGCUUAGGAAAAUAACUACUGAUGUUCUGCAUUUGUUACAUGUUCCGUCUUUGUUAAACUUGUAAUUAAUCUGAUUUCCUAUGUCCGAAAUUUGAAAUUUCUUCAUCGCUAAACAAUGAUUUUUCUUUCAAACCAAUUAAAUGAAGGGUUUUGUUCC